GUGUGAAGUUGUGAAAAGUUGUCAACUCCAAAAAAAGAACCAGAGAAACUCCUCCCGUCUUCAAAAUUAUGAGCAAUCAGCAGCAGGGUGAAAUGGCCGCUGUGGAGAGCGGCGGAGGCUUCAGUCAAAAGCGAAACACAAAUUCACAAGACUCUCAGCAGCCCUCUCCUCUCGCCUUAUUGGCAGCCACAUGCAGUCGAAUUGACACCCCAGGAGAGAGUGACUCACCUGCUGACCAACAACAACAAAACCAGCAGCAACAGCUGGAUAUAAACCAAGGUGUUUUGACCUCUACUGCCAAUGGCUGGCAGGUUAUCCCUCUCAGCAUUCAAUCAUCCUCAGGCACCAAUACCAUCACCACUGACUCCUCAGGCAUGAUGACAGGAGUAGACCUAGGCAAGAGCAGACAGGUGCUGUCACCUGUAAGCACUCAGGGGCAGCAGCAGCAGCCACAGCAAUACGUCGUAGCUCAGGCUCCAUCGAUGCAGGGACAGCAAGUGCUCACCACCAUAUCAGGCAUGAUGCCCAACAUUCAGUACCAGGUUAUUCCCCAGUUUCAGACGGUGGAUGGGCAGCCCCUGCAGUUGGCAAAUACUCGGCAGGAUUCUGCUGUAUCUGCAGCACAGGGGCAGCAGUUUCAGAUAGUCUCCUCGUCUAAUGGUCAGCAAAUCAUAGCUGCAACUAACAGAGCGGGUGCAGCAGGAAACAUUAUAACAAUGCCUAGUCUCCUUCAGGGGGCCAUCCCCAUUCAAAAUAUUAGCCUAGGCAAUGGUAUGUUACAAAACCAGCACCAGUUCCUGGCAAAUAUGCCUGUUUCACUAAAUGGAAACAUCACUCUGUUGCCUGUCAGUACUGGAACAAGCAGCACAGCAGGAGAUUCAAAUAGUGGGGAUGCAGGUGGAAACCAACUCAUACAGCAAUCACAACAUCCAGUAUCUUCCAACAGUGGGGUAAGUUACAUGACAAGUGGUCCCACCAUCACCACACAGACUUCCUCUUAUGGAGUGGCCCAAACACAGAACAGCAACGGAGCAAUGACAGGAACAUUUCAGCAUAAUGCGGCAACUUCUCUGGGUGUCCCAAUACAACCAGACAACAGAGACACACAGCAGCCACAGCAGAUCCUGAUUCAGCCUCAGCAGGUAAUCCAAGGUGGUACACACCUCCAGACCAUCCAGGCCGGUGCAGGGGGUCAGGUGUUUGCGACUCCAACACUCAGCCAGGAAGGGCUUCAAAAUCUUCAAAUCAUGCCAAAUGCAGGACCCAUUCUCCUCCGCACUGUAGGCCCCAAUGGCGAAAUCAGCUGGCAGACACUACAGAUCCAGAGUCCUGCAGGACCACAGAUUACGCUGGCCCCAAUGCAGUCUCUCCCUCAGCUGGGCCAUGCACAGGGAGCUGGAGCUGGAGGAGUAUCUGUCAACACCGUGCAGAUCCCCGGCAUCCAGACCAUAAAUCUGAACUCACUUGGAGGCUCCGGGCUGCAGAUGCAUCAGCUGCAGACAGUUCCCAUCACCAUCGCCAGCACAGGAGGAGAGCAGGCCUUACAGGCAGGAGGGGAAAGUUUGGAUGACAGCACAGUGAUGGAUGAUGAGGAUAUAAGCCCACCACCACAAGGGCGACGUAACCGUAGGGAAGCCUGCACCUGCCCCUUCUGCAAGGACGGAGAAGGACGUGAUCCAACAAAAAAGAAGCAGCAUAUCUGUCACAUCUCCGGCUGUGGGAAGAUCUACGGCAAAACCUCCCACCUGAGGGCCCACCUUCGCUGGCACACAGGAGAGCGACCCUUCGUCUGCAGCUGGUCUUUCUGUGGAAAACGAUUCACCCGUUCAGAUGAGCUUCAGCGCCAUAAGAGGACUCACACAGGUGAGAAAAGGUUUGUCUGCUCGGAGUGUCCCAAACGCUUCAUGCGCAGCGAUCACCUAUCCAAGCACAUCAAAACCCACUUAAACAAGAAAGCUGUGAUCCACCCUGUUUGCGGCACCCCAGGCUCCACUGACACUGGCUCCCCUACAUCAGUUACAAAAGUCGAAACGGGCACAGUGUCAGCAAAUGAGCAGCACACCAUCGUCACCAUGGAAACCUUAUCUGCAGAGAGCAUAGCUCGAUUAGCCAGCAGCGGGAUCAACAUGAUGCAGGUGGACCUCCACCAAAUUAAUGGCAACAGCUUCUGAGGACAGAGAGGAGCAGGAAGAUGUCUAUUGUGGAUGUUGCAUUCUGACAUUUGGGCUUAAAAGGGCAAAAACCUCUCAAAUACUUCAGACAGGAGAGGUGGCCACAACAAAACAGACGCUAACCAAUUUGAGAGUGGAGGCAGGAAUAUGGAUUUCAAACUUGUUUAUGAAGAUGUCUGUGGCAUUUAAAGGUCAGAGCUGAAUUCAAAUGUUAGAGAGAAAAAGACCUCUUGAAAUCUAGGUUUCCCUGACUUGAAAUGGCACUACACAAAGAUUUGUCAAACAUGAAGACCCAUUCCUAGGUGAUAGUCUCACUGCAAUAAAAAAAAAAAAACAUGCAGACCGGCACACUUGAUUUUGAAUUGGUGGCUAGUUAUAUUCUCUUUCUAUGGUCCUCUAUAGUAGAGAAACACUAAGUCACAGCCCUGCUUGUGUGCCGCACUACUUGUCCCUCUUUCUGUCUUCCUCUCAUAUGUCUCCUGCCCAAAAUGGCCCAUAACAUUAUAACCAUCCUGAGCAGCAAACAUUUACUUCUCAAUUUAUUGUGGCACCAGUUUGUUGGUAACCAUGGAUUUUUUUUUCUCUCCAAACUAACAACCCCGUUAUUGUUAAAUAACGUAAACCAUUUUAGGGUGUAGGGCUGAAAUACAGGAGGUCAUGACCAGGUCAAAGCCACGAGCACUAAUCAGUGUGAGGAUGUAGGUGUGUCAGGCCACUGAAAUCCUGAGAAUAACUCUUUAACCUCUUAUGUAGGUACACACAUUCAAGCCAUCAUGCUUUGAUAAUUAUCAAAGCAACACGUUUUGAUUUUUUUUAUGUAAAUAUAUAUAUUUUGGUAAUGUAAAGGCUACAGAAAUUCUUAGCUUAGGCAGGAUCAUUCUACACAAUUGAAGAGAUUGCCUUACAGUUGUAUGAACCUCUCAUGCACAAUCAAUCUUAAUCUUAUAUUAUUACUUUUAUAUAUAUAUAUGUGUAGACUAAAUGUGUAAACUUACCGGAUUUUCUGUCAUAGAAGAUUGUAUUCUAUUCAGUCUAGACCUUCCCAUUCAUUUUUGUGGUAUACUCGUCAUCUGAUACUCUGCCUUGAGUCCCUUCAGUUUCUCUUUUUAUUUUGGUGGAAAGUUUCUUCUUUAGUCGCAUCUGUUCAGAGUUAAGUAUUUUGUAAUAAUGUCAAGACAGCAUCAAAUAUGUAAGCUCAAAACCAAAGGUUCAUACUCAUUUAUAAGUAAAACCUAUGAGAUCUGUCUUUGGUCCAUAAACUUUCUAAUAAUUUUUACUCUUGUAAUGCAUAUGUUAAAGUUCUAACUGGAAAAGGUCCAGCUUGAGGCAAGCCUUGGACACACAUCCCUUUUGUUGUCCAACUAUAUAAGUUUCAAAAUGUUUUGAGGGUCAUAGUUUUUCUUAGAAAAUGCUCCUCGCCUCUGUUGGGAUUUGUUUCUGUGUCAGAAUUCAACUUUAUUUGAGAAAGAAAUUGUACCUUUAUGUCAGAAAAAUGUGUUCAAAAUCUAUAAAUUUACUUCAUCGGACAACAAGUGCUCUUAUUUUGUUCCCAUUUUAAAUAAGGGAUUUUAUAUUGUGUGUGUAUACAACUACUGCAAAUGCCAACAGCUGGAUUAAAAUUAUGAAUAUCG